AAGUGAUACUUGUUAGUCAGUUUAAACCCUAUAUGCACAAAGGGAUAUAAUAAGACAUAGUUAAAAUUAUUGCAAAAAUGGUUGGAAGUAACGGUACAAUGAUGGCAAUACGUGUUGUUCGCAGUAAACUGAGGAAACGCGAAGAGCACUCUAACUCUGUUCAUCCAGAGGCGCCCCAGACAAUUACGGCGGUUGUACCACCUGCUGAGCCAGUGGCGUACAGGCAACAACCCAUCUGGGUGUUCCCGCCGAACCCGCCGCAGCCCUUCCUGUACAGCAGCAAUCAGGACACCCUGUCACAAAAUUUGAGCCGCAGCGGUAGCUUCCGUAAGAACUUAGGCGGUCGCUGGAAAAGAUUUGUCAAGGGAAAACCUCAACAGGAUUCCCAUGCUAUACCACCUGAAUUGAAACCUCAGCUGAAACAGAUAUUUGUCUACUGAAAUAUCUGCUUCUAGUACAUAUUAGUAAUAAGUGGCCAUCAAAGAUAUUAAAAUUAAUUUGCCAGUCCUGUUUAUUGAGGGAAGAACUUCAAAAUCAUCUAUUACAAGGAUUAUUUCAAGUGCCAUUGGUAGAUAAAACAUAAAGUAGAUAUACCUUAAUGCCAGGAGUAUAUAUAUAACUAAUGAAAAAUGAACUAAAUUUGAACUGGAUUUCAAAUUUUGACUGGAUCUGUAACUUUUUGUAGUUCCCUUCUAUUAAAUAGGAUAUUUGUAUUCAUCGCAUUUUAUGACCUGAAGGAGGUCAAAUAUUCCACUGUUUCUUUUGCAUAAAUUUUAUUAAGUGAUAGUAAGAAUUUUAUACUUAGGGUCUAAUCAAAA